AUGUGGGGAAUGCCCACGACACAUGGCCUGCGUCCAUCUAUGGACCAAAACAUCUCCCGUGCGGAUGUUUGCUGCUGCAAAGAGUUCGGCGACACCUUUGAGUUCCACGACGCGAAGCAGAUUUACCCAUACUGCCAAGCAUUGAAAACCUUCAGGAGCGACCGGCCCUUCUGGUACUACCCAGCCAGAGAGAGAACUCUCAAAGCAAAGUGCUGUUGGACGAGUGGUUGGACCUGCGGCUCCACCGGAGACCAUGACAACGCCGGGACGGAAAUCCCCUCCGAGCAGCAUGGAGAGAGCUGCCCGUACCAAGGCCCCGCGGCAACCCCCGAAGGAACGGUGCAGGUUCCGGACACCUGGGAAGAGGUUAAGGGGAGCUGUUGCUGCAAGGAGGGGGUCCUUGAGGGCGUGUGUUCCGCUUGGAAGAAUCUGCGAGGGGUCGACCGACCCUUCUGGUUCUAUUCCCGUGGCUACGGUAAACCUGGGCAGUGCUGUUGGGCAGGCGACAUGACCUGCUUGCCCACGUUUGGCAUUUUCGGGUCUGAUGGAAAUGGUGGCGACCAGAUUUCCGGCGAUGCUCCGAGGGAGAGGAAGUGCCCUUCGUUGAUUCCGCAUGGAACCGUGAAGCCUGCUCAGCCGAAUGACGAGUACAACAAGAUCAUGUCGGCGUUCAGGCUGAAGAUUGCGAAGAUUCUCGUCAGCAAGGCUGUCUCAUUUGCUUGGGGCUCGGCCGAUGCAAAUGAAAUGCUCAAUGAGAACGUGAUGGAUACUGUGGACUUAUCCAAGAAUGCCGCAGACCAGGCCAAAGAGGCCUUGGCCAAGAAGGAAAAGGCGAAAAAGGGGCCGGUGAAGCUGACUCCAGCAAUCCUGGGGCAAGGUGUCUUCGAGCCGAGGCCUACUUCCUUGUGCAAGGAGUUCCGCUACUGCUACGACGGUCCAGAAACAUCGCAAACAGCAAGAACGCAGAAGAUGUGGGAUGCGACCGGCUACGUCACGGGGGAGGUGUGGUUCGAUUGGAUUCACGUAGCCCAGAAGUUCGCCGGCUACUUUGAUUCUGAAGAGAGGGCCGAGGGGCGCCUGGAGCCUCACUCUGGCGCUGUUUGGAACCCGAUGGAGCUCGCGGCGACUGAGACGUGGGCGAAGUGUCUCCUGGCCAGCCAAGCCGAGCCGGAAGCGAUGGCCCUGGCCUGGAAGCCCGAAAGCUGGUACGAUGGGGGAAGAGGGACCCCAUUGCAGAGCUCGGAUUUCCUGACAUGGGCUAGCAGGGCCUGGCCAGCAGCGAGGUCGGCAGAGCCUCGCCCGUACUACAGGCUGGGUCGGGCAUCCGGCAUGAGCCUUCUGCUGCGAAAGCCGAGUUCUGCGGAUCUGCCGGGCCUCGUGCUGUCCUGCGCCUUGCUGGCGGCCGGGUCUCCGGAGGAGGAGGCCUGUCUUCAUGCACGAAGCGAGGGGAUUUCUCUGCAAGUUCUCCGCUCUUCCAAAGGACUGCGGCACGGGACGCUGAGCCUCAUCUCAGCGUCCCUGGCGGGUCGGCCAGAGAUGGCUUUGGUAAAGCUGCGGGCGAUGAUGGCCGAACUGGGACAUCCGAUUCGAGGUCCUGGCGGUGGGAAGGCUUGGAACUCUCAGAUCACCAUCGUGGGAGUUCGUUGUCUCGGUCUCGCUGCCUCCGUGGCCCCCCCGAAGAGACUGCAGGAGAUGAUGGACUUGGAUGCCUUUCGCCUGGGGAGGUACAGAGGGGACAUAAAAACUCCCGGACAGCUAUUUGAUGCCGAUGGCUGCGGUGCCAUGCACUUCUUCGGUAUGCGCUUGAAACUGCACAAGGACGUCUUCGUCCCACGCGCGGAGAGUCGUCAUUUAGUGGAGGUGGUCCUCGAACUGGGCCUCUUCUUUCGGCCCGAGCUUCGGAUUUUGGAUGUGACCUUGGGCGUCGGGAACGCGCUGCUGCCGUUGCUUCAAAGGCAUCCAGCAGCUCAAGGCUUUGGGAUCGAUAUCAGCCAACAAGCUGUGGCCUUGGCCAAAGAGAACGCCAAGCUUCACAACCUGGACACCAGGGCCGUCUUGGAGGUUGGAGACCUCCGGGAGCUCGAGCUCCUCGGCAAGCGGCCCUUUGAUGUCAUCCUGGCCAAUCCCCCCUAUAUGCCGGACAGCUCUGAGCGACUGCGGGGCUAUCGCGAGGAUUUGGAGCAAAGUACCUCCGAGUCAAUCUUGGCGAGUAUCGCGAAGCUGCACAGGCUCCUGACCCCCCAGGGCAAGCUGGUGCUGCAAUUGCCGACGGGCGAAACGCAGCUUUGUGCGCAAGUCCUUUGCAAGUUUGGUGCGUUCUCGGUGGAGAAAUCGACCCGGAACACACUGACGCUGGCCACCCGCAAAACGCGCAGAGAAGGGUUCAAGGGUUCUUGA